GGGGCUAAACGUGCUGAGGGGACGGUUCCCGUCAGCCAUUGCGGCGGCCGCCAUGUCCGUGGCCUUCGUGCCAGAGCGGCUGCGAGGGAAGGCUGAGGUGAACCAGGAGACGCUGCAGCGGUUGCUGGAGGAGAACGACCAGUUGAUCCGGUGCAUCGUGGAGUACCAGAGCAAGGGCCGGGCCACCGACUGCGUGCAGUACCAGCAUAUCCUGCACAGGAACCUCAUUUAUUUAGCCACGAUUGCUGAUGCGACGCCAGCCAGCACGCAGAAGGCUGCAGAGUGACCGCACACGCCUGGACACGAGCAGCGAUGCUUUAGGGAUCUGUAGAAACACUUAGUUUAAAGUCCCACUUUGAGAGCUGAGAAGGUAUGGGCUUGAAAGGCAGGUACAUAGUUAUCGAUACUUUGAUAAAAACACAAUCGUAGUUUUUGAUGUAAUAUUAGGCUGGUUUUUUUGCUCAUUACUGUAAGAAGAACUUAAGGGUGAUAAUUAUCAUCCUCCUGGUUCCCCUCUGACAAACCCCAUGUACCGUACUUGGGAAAAUGGCCCGGUUGUGGGGACAGCGCUACCACAGAUGCCUUUGGAGGACUCUCACAGUCUCGUUGAAGCAGAGGCUGUUUCCUGGCAGAGGGUGUAUAGUAAGAGGGUAAGCAUUUAGCUGGUAACUCCUAACUCCAGCGUGACAAAGUCAAGUCAGUCAUACGUUGCCAUAUUUACAAACGGUAGACUGCUUUGUAUCUUGUGUCGUAUAAAUUGUGUGUAAUAAACUAAAGAUGUGUUUUGUAAAUUAUA